UUCUGUUGUAUGAUUUUUAAUAUUUUUUGAAAAAAACAAAAAUAAUUUAAUUAAACAAAUUGGCAUCCCAAAAUAGACACAAAAGCCCAUGGCUUGAGUCAUGAGGAAGAAAGCAAAAAAAAAUAAAUCAUAAACUAAUUAACAAACCACCUCCGAGAAGCGCGUGUACUUUCCACUGUGAGAUAUACCAGUGCGAAAACAUACUUAUCACCCUUUUAAGCUCAAUUUAUGAAGAACUUCAAGAGCAGCAAUUUGCAGAAUUUUUGUCACCAAUAGUUAUAUAGCUGAGUAAAUGUAUUGGGAUGCUGGAUGGUAAAAAAAAAGUGUGAAAAUCCACUGGAAUUUGUUGCUCACGAAAAGCUGUAUAAAAGAUGCUGAACCAAGUUCAUCCUGAACAGUUGAAGACUUGGCGGCACAACGGAAGGAUCCCAGAAAAAGUCUCGUGCUUAGAGCCAUUGAAGAGAGAAAAAAAUAAACGUGAAUUUUUGAAGAAUGGAGCAAUCGCAUAUUAAAAUGCUGUCUUUACUACAUCUAAUAACAUUUUUGGUCGUCUGCCAUGGGGCUCCACAGAGUCUCCCAGCUGAAUUGACACCUGAAUUCUUUCCAGUAGCUGAAUCACCCCUCAAAAAGCCUGUCCAUUCUGCAGAAUAUGUUGAUUUUAUUAACAAACUCUAUGGACAUGAUACAUCAAAAAAACCACUAACUCUUGACACGUUGCCUGUAAAUCCCUUGCGGGAGCUUCCUGAAGAAGACUUUGAAGAUCAUGCAAGAGACAAGAGAGCCAUCAUCUUUAGGCCUCUCUUCGUCUACCGGCAGCAACAGGUGAGGCGGCAGAAGCUGAAAGAGAAGCGGAAGCAGCAGCAACCACAGAAAUCAUCAUCAUCAUCUAAGCCUUCAGUAAUAGUUCCUGCCAACACAAGUCACUUCAUUGUCCACAACAAUAAACUCUAUCAACAGUACAAUCCCUACUAUGCUCCCUAUCAGUACGGACAGAGGUACCCGUACCAGAAAUGAUCCACUCAAGGCAGUGAACCAAAAAAAAGAGGAAUUUUUACCCCAAAAGUCAUGAGAUAAAUCCACCAAAAGGAGACCAAAACUCCAAAUCUCCUAAGGAGACCAAGUUCAAAGUCACUGGAACAAGUCAUUUUGAAAUUUAAUGCCGUUUUAUCACAUCUCAAUGCUAAUCACUUUAACAUUGGACUCAAGAGUUGUUGAUGACAAAAAAAAUCGUUGUGAUGCAACUCAUGUUGCUCUUUAGUUAUGAUCUCCAUUCAUUUUUUGAUGAAUGUGUUGAUAGUCUCCUUAUUAUUUCCCUGAAAAUUCUAUUUAAUUAGUCUAUAGUUCAUGCAUUUUUUUGUAAUUAUUAUUUAAUUGUAGUAAGAGAUUAAGAAAUGUAUUUAAAUAAAUUUUAAUGAUUACGAGUACAGAAA